UUUAAACAUUAUUAUUAUAAAAAUCAAAUCACCAUUUAAAAACCCUUAAAACCACAUCAUACUCCAAAAACCAAACCCAUCAUUUCAAACAAACAAAACAAAACCAUUCUCCAAAACAGAGCAUGAGAAACGGAGGACAAAGCCAGAACAAGUUCUUGAGGAUCAUCUCAACACCUUUCAGAGCUUUAGGCAAAGCUUACGUGAGAAGCAUCACCGGUUGUGCUUCUCGGAGUCAGUAUCCCUCCUCCUCCUCUUCCGUCUCCACUGCUUUUCCUAGAAGCAAGAGCUCAUCCUCUGCCGCCUUCUCCUCAUCCGCAUCUACACGCAGAACAACUGAUUUUGGGAUUGAUGACGACUACAGCGAGCUAGUGAGAGCAGCGUCGGUUAGGAGUUUAGGACACAAGAAUGAGAUAGACAUGUUUAUACAUGAGAAGGUGAAACAAGAGAAGCUGCAGCAGGAGAUGCAGAAGAAGAUGAAGUAUGGAGGGUUGCCGAAGAGCACGAGCGUAGGGAUGGCGAGGAUAGAUGAAGAUGAAGAAGGAGAGGAAGGAUCUGUGAAACCGAAGACGACUAAGAAAGUCUCUGAGCUUUUGUAUCCUCGUAGCAAAUCAUAUGCUGUUACUGGUAGCCCUAAGUUUUAGUUUUUGUUUCUCUCUCUCUCUUUUUAAUAGUAGUACUUUGUGGAUUGAUUUUUGAUAUUUUUUCAAAGAAAUAAUGAUAGAAUUCGAUAAACUA